GAAAAGCAGAGUAGGGGGAAAGAGAGGAGAAGAGAUCAAAGGGGAGAAGGAAAGCUUCCUUUUAAAACUCCUCACAGUGGUCUGUGGAAUAAAGGAAAGUUAGAGGAGAACGAGAGAGGAGAAACAGAGAGAAAGAGAGGAAGAUGUGAGUUAACGAACUGGGACCAUAGUGAUUUUCUUCAGGAGAGACGGAGACAAGUGGAGGCAGCAAUGCAGGCGUUUCACUGGGAGUGUGUGUUCAGUGUAUGUCCGGCCUUGUCCAGGUACCAUGGCUCUGGUUCAGACCCUGCCUGUGUCCACAACUGACCACCCCAAGCCUCCUACCAGCCUCGACAUCAUCUCCCUCUCCCCCGUGGUUGGAGGGCCCUGUGGCCCCGGAGCCACCAUGGGCUCCGUCAGCAGCCUCAUCUCUGGCCGGACCUAUCAGGAGCAGCGACACUGCCGGGCCGCCAGCGAGUUCAGCACUAAGCCACGCCAUAACACCCCAACCACCAGCUGUUUCAGGCUCCAGGGUGAUAGCAACACCCUGCACAGCGCGAGCUCCCUGGAACAACUACUGGUCAUCAACAACCAGACCCAGAUCCAGAUCACACAGCUCCAGCCUCCGCCACUGCCCACCAAGAAGCAGCCCCGGGCAGGUAACUCUGCUGGUGGGGCAGGGUGUGCGGCUGGAGUUGGUGGUGGUGCAGGGAACGGAAACUAUGGGUUUGUGACUGUAGGAGACUGGAAUGAUAACCAUGUGGUGGCGGUCGGGAGUCCGUGUAGCGACUCGGAGGAGCAGAGGGAUAACCGAGGUCUCAACGGGAAUAUUGGCGGUCCGCCGCCCAAACUCAUCCCUGUGUCGGGAAAACUGGAGAAGAACAUGGAGAAGUUUCUGAUCCGUCCCACUGCGUUCAAACCAGUGGUCCCCAAGAACCGUCACUCGGUGCAGUACCUCUCCCCGAGGCCAGGGGGCAGCCUCUCUGAGAGCCAGGGCAGCCUCAACCUCCUCCUGCCCCUACCUAUCAAUGGGAAUAACAGAAAUACUGUGGUCAACAGCCCGGGGAGCUACGGAAAUGUUGUAUCUCUGCUCUGCUCCUCCUCUUCCUCGGACAGCAAAAGGAACUCGUACAGCGGAGGACGCAACGCUCGCAGCAGCCAGUCCUGCUCCAUGUCAGACUCUGGCCGUAACUCCCUGUCCAGCCUCCCCACUCACAGCAGUACCGGCUACAGCUUGGCCCACAGCGAGGCCUCUGGGUCUGGAGGGUCCAGGGUGGGCCUGGAGCCUGGGGCUGGAAGAACUACUACUACCAACGUAGGAGGGUCGGUGACCCACGGAGUUCACAGUCACUCAACCUCCCACGGUCACUCUAACUCGGACAGCGGGCGUUCGUCAUCCAGUAAGAGCACGGGGUCGGGGUCGCUGAGCGGGCGCGGCCAGCCCCUGUCGGACAGUGGGUCGUGUGGGCACUCACCCCCGCCUCUGGAGGGGUACGAGGGGGUGAUGAGGGAGCUGGAGGAUAAGCUGAGGGAGAGGGAUUUGGAACUGCAGCAGCUCAGAGAGAACCUGGACGAGAACGAAGCCGCCAUCUGUCAGGUGUACGAGGAAAAGCAGCGUCGCUGUGAGAGGGAGCUGGAAGAAAUGAGACAGAGCUGCUCUUCCAAGAUGAAACAGGCUACACAGAAGGCCCAGAGAGUACAACAGGCCUUACAACUACAGGUGUUCCAGCUGCAGCAGGAGAAAAAGAAACUUCAGGAGGACUUCUCCUCUCUGCUACAGGACAGGGAGGUGCUGGAGAGGAGGUGUGCCUCCAUACAGAGAGAACAGAUCCAGUUGGGACCGCGCCUAGAGGAGACGAAGUGGGAGGUGUGUCAGAAGUCAGGUGAGAUAUCCCUGUUGAAACAGCAACUGAAGGAGAUCCAGUCAGAGCUGAGCCUGAAGGGUGGGGAGCUGGUGGUCCUGAAGUCCCAGCUGAGGGAGGCCAGGACCGACCUCCAAAACAGCCAGGCCAGGAGCCAGGAGGCUGGUUCGGCCCUGCGGACACGCUCUCUGGAGCUAGAGGUCUGCGAGAAUGAGCUCCAGCGCAGGAAGAGCGAGGCUGAGCUUCUCCGCGAGAAAGUCAUACGCUUGGAAGAAGAGUCGGCCCAGCUUCGAGGUGCCCUGGCCAAUCAGGGAGGAGGCCAGACGCCGGCUAAUAAGGGCCAGUGCAUGAGCCUGCCCCUUCCCCAGGGCCGUGUGGGUGUGGAGGGUGGAAAGGGGGGCCCCAGCCCCUCUAUGGGUUACCGUGAGGCGGAGGAGGGCAGGCUGGUAUGGGGAGGGGAGAGUGAUGAGGCCAAGACUCAGAGGCAGAGUACUGAAGCUGUGCUUGGACUCAGGCAACAGGUGGAGAGGCUGAGGGCAGAGCUGAUGUACGAGAGGAGGAGCAGUGAGGAGCAGCUGGGAGGAUUCGAGGAGGAGAGAAGGGUCUGGCAGGAGGAGAAGGAAAAGGUGAUCCGCUACCAGAAGCAGCUGCAGCAGAACUACAUCCAGAUGUACAGGAGGAACAGAGAUCUGGAGAGGGUGAUGAGAGAGCUCAGUCUAGAGCUGGAGAACAGAGACAUAGAGGACUACGACAUCCACAGCGGUAGCAACGACAUCCACUUUGAGGAGAUGACCGCUACUGAGAUCUAGAGGGGACAACAACAGGGGUGUCCUCUCGCCCCAUUGAGAUUUAGAGACCAGACAGAGACGUUGUCUAACCCCAGUGAUAUCAAAAUCAAAUCAAAUUGUAUCGGUCACAUACAUAUGUUUAGCAGAUGUUCAAUGCUUGUGUUUCUAGCUCCAACAGUAGCAUCUCCUGAUAUUUAGAGACAAGGGUGUCCUCUCGUCCCCAUGACUGUUAAUACCGGCACCCUGAAAUGAUCUGAUUUCCCAAUCACUGCUACUGAGAGGGUUGCGUCCAAAACGGAACACUAUUUCCUAUGUAGUGCACUACCAUUGGCUAGAGAACAGGGUGCCAUUUGAUAUGUGCAUCUAGGAUACCGAGGGUAUAUCUGAACUUAUUCCCCUAACCACAGUACAAGCACUCUUUACUUCCCUAUGGACCAUUUGCUGUCAUGGACAUUAAGGGAGCAUCUCUGUUUAAGGGUGGAUCCGCUCCACUAGACAUUGGGAGGCACCCUCCUCCUGGACCACACAGGAACAGCUGACUACCUGCAGUCAGAAAAGACUCCAUCACAUCUUUAUUCAGACUUAAAAGAGAGGUUAGUGUGUAUCUCAAUAGUUGAGAGUGUCUUCCUCUCCAGAGUAAGAUUCACCCUCAGACCAACACAUGCUCCUUGCCUCCUCACAUGGGUUUGAUUGCCCUGCUAUAGUACCAGCACUCUUUGGGACGUAUAUUAUGACUUUUGACUUGAGAAACAAGCAGGUACCACUCAAACCUCGCUCAAAUCAGUGUAUUGAAAGCAAAGGGGAGAAUCGAGUCGAGUAUAAUCACAUCUGUAUGGCGCACACAGGUGUGACUACCUGACCACCAGCACAUAAUGAUGACAUUAAUAUAACGAUGACAUCAUCACCGCUCGACUGUGUUUUUCGUUCGUCCACAGGACUUUGUGCACCUUUGCACUAAAGCAAUGAUGUAAUAACACUUUCACAAUUUGUGCUGUCAAUGUUAUGUAUACAGUGUUCAGUGGAUCAGCAACUCAUCUAGAAGUAGUACGGAAAGGACAAGAAAUAAUCCACUGGCCAGGAAAUAUGGAUUUAUAUUCGGUGGAAUUGGACUAUGUAGUAUUUUGAUGGGAUGUAUAAGGACUGUUGGCACAAAUAGCAAAUGCAACUGUUCAGUUUUCAGCACUGGCUAAGAAAGGAACUGUAGUCUACAUUCUUCCUUGUUCAUGGAAUCUUCAAACAUCCUGGAUUUCUAUCAUUGGCUGCUUGCAGCUAACAUGUCAACAUUCUCUUCUGUCAUUGGCUGAGCCAUAUCUGUCAGUUGAUAUUGACUCUCAGCUCCCCAUAUCAGACUGAGAGAUGUGGUGAGAAGGAAGAGAAAACCAAAAGAAGACAUCAAAGGCUUAAUGUGAGUGCUGUGUUGUGCUCCUCCUCUCUCUAAGUCAAUAGUCACCCUAUUGUAUCUUCUCUACAACCUCUCUCAUUUGAAUGACACAAACAGAAGCAAGUAGCACGAUGAGGGAGUGAUUAGCAUGGGAGAUAUCAGCACAAAUGCAACCGCUGCCCUUCUCUCUCUCUCUCUCUCUCUCUCUCUCUCUCUCUCUCAGCACAAACAUAUCAGAGGAGGAAACACCUUAAUUGGUCAACUCAAGCUGCCCGUCAAAGAUAUCGAUGCUGCAUUGGCUGCUGGGAUUGUUAUGGAGCCGUAUUGGAUCAGUGAGCAUAUGGUGUCACUUUGGUGACACUGGUUUCACUGGUAUCACAGUGAAACCAACAAAACAUCCCUGUUCAACUGUACUGAGCUCCCCCCUCCCUUGGCCUCUCUCACUGUCACACACGCUGGACUGUGAAUACUCUACUAACGUUUUACUUUUUAUUACUAGACCCCCCCUUUCCCUCCCUCUCAUCAAAAAGCCAAGUAACACUUCCUAGACUUCCUGUCCCUUCUGGCCAGUGACUGUGAGGCUCACUCACUGACACCUAGAUAAUGUGGAUGGCAAAAGUCUGUCAAAGUCUGGGAGAGGUAAUGUAGGGCAGGGUUCCCCAACUGGCAGUGAUUUUAUUUGGCCUCCCAAGUUUUUUGAGCAAAAAAACAUAUAUAUAUAUAUAUAUAUAUAUAUAAUUCUAUAUUUUUUAAACGUUGUUGGAUAUAAACGACUAAAAACACCAGCAAAUCAGCUCCAGGUGAUUUUAAUUUUGGAAAUCUGUUCCAACGCAUAAUAGUGAAAUAGAUAGAUGUGAUCGUAUACAAAUGUAAACAAGGUUUGAAAUAAUUGUUUAAGUCAAAUAUAUCUGUUUGGGCAUUUUGCAUUCAAUUUGCGGUCUACAAAUUAUUUGUAAUUAUGUACCAGUCCGCUGACCAUCCGCUCAAGAAAAUGUCAGCUUGCGGCUAAAUCUAGUUAAUGAUCCCUGAUGUAGGGGUUUGUGCUGGACAGUGCAUGAUAUAUUAGCCUAAGGCAUGACAAACAUGUCAUUAUGGAACUGUUACAGUGGUUAUAUCAACAUUUUGUCAACCACUGCCAUAGAAAUAUCAUUAUUCUAUUUCUAUGUGGGGAACCAUAGAUAAAUAUUAGAGUCUUCAGUUGUGCUUCCUCAUAAGAAGGGAUUAAACUAGAGCUCUGGUCUUUUAUAUUACAGAGGUAAACAGAGUUUAUAAAAAGGAAUCUAACAGAUAAAUGGAAAUCAAUAUGAUCAAUGAUGAUGAUGUAUAUUGUUUUUUAUAUAGCACCUGAAGAUAUUUUGUGGUAACACCAGUACCAUUGUGGGUUUAAUGUACAAAGUAUAAUAAAGCGUUCUAUAUAUCUUUCCAGUACCACACAUAUACCAAUGAGAUGAUUCAACACAAUUGGAAAGGGUCUGGGAAGAGUGGCGCGAACAUUGAAACUCCACUCUUUGUUGUUGACCAAGCUGCAUUAUGAUUUAACAAACAUACAAAAAUAUGGGAAAUAUCCAGCUUUUAGCCAAGGUUUACAUUGGUCAGCACAUUAAUGGUCAUCCUUGUUCAAUGCCAAUGAGUUUUCAUUUGGCGGCCAUUAUCAUCUAUAUCACCCAAUAUCAUUGUCAUCGUUGUGUUUGUCAUCUUCAGACUACACUUAUUAACACACAAAGCAUUUCAUCCAAAUAAUAUCUCAACUAAAAAUGUGUUCAUCACAUAUGGUACAAACAUUCAUCUUCAAUUUAGUCGUAUAGGUCUACAAAGUUACCAUUUUACAACAUUCAAGAUGUAUCUUUAAGAGAGGAAUAGAACAUAUUAUGUUCCAGUGUGGAUGUACCAUCAUCUGUAACACAGUCAGAUGGAAAAAGCAGCUCAGGUGUAAUUUUUUUAAUUGAACCUUUAUUUAACUAGGCAAGCCAACUAAGAACAAAUUCGUAUUUACAAUGACAGUCUACCACAGCCAAACCCUAACCCAGAUGACGUUGGGCCAAUGGGACUCCCACAGCUAGCUGUGAUAUAGCUCAGAAUCGAACCAGGGUCUGUAGUGACACCUCUAGCACUGAGAUGCAGUGCCUUAGACCGCUGUAAUGACUAACACAGUAGCAAAGGUGUAAUGGUUAACACAGUAGCACAGGUGUAAUGGUUAACACAGUACAGUAGCACAGGUGUAAUGGUUAACACAGUAGCACAGGUGUAAUGGUUAACACAGUAGCACAGGUGUAAUGGUUAACACAGUACAGUAGCACAGGUGUAAUGGUUAACACAGUACAGUAGCACAGGUGUAAUGGUUAACACAGUACAGUAGCACAGGUGUAAUGGUUAACACAGUACAGUAGCACAGGUGUAAUGGUUAACACAGUACAGUAGCACAGGUAUAAUGGUUAACACAGUACAGUAGCACAGGUAAAGUGAACUGAAAGGGACCCCAGUGUUAAUUUUGGCACUCUGUAACAGAUUUAGUCAUUUUGACUUAAAUAUCAUUAAGUCUGAUUCACAUUUGAAUAAUGAUUUAGUGUAGUUAUUGUCAAAAUGACAAAAAGAGUGGUCCAUUUUUGUCAACUUUCAUUUUAGUCAUUUUUAUUGCCUCAGUAACUUAUAGUAAACAUAAAUCACUGACUUCCAUGUGCACAAACAUACAUACAGUAGUAGCCUUGUUCUACUAACAUAUUUUUCUGCAUAAAAUCCUAUUCUCAUCCCAACAGCAGAAAUAUGACAAACAUAAUAUAAGAAUUAUUUUGCCUCGGUCGCGUCAUUUCCAUUUAUCAACGUUCCACAGAUGCCGCAGCCACAUGUCCAAAAGUAGAACGGGGCACAGACGUCAGUUCAACGUCUAGUUUUGAUUUACAUUUGGUUGAGUUGUCAACUAGCCUGAAUUCAAUGUGAGAUCAACAUAAAAUGUCAUGUCAUUGGAUUUAGGAUAAAAGUUGGGUGUAAAAAAGACAACACUUCCUUACGUUGAUUACUUUUUUCAAAUCCAAUCAGUUUUACACUUUGAUUCAACUUCAUCACAUUAAAUUAUUUUUGUUGAAAUGACGUGGAAACAAUGUUGAUUCAAACAGUUUUUGCCCAGUGGGUAAUGAUUUCGAACAGGAGGGAGCUAAUGACUGUUUUGCCCAGUGAUGUAGUUGAUUAAUUAAACCUCGAAACCUAAUCAAGUCCCAACUAAGUCCCCUGUGCUCGAGUCCAAGUCAGAGUCACCAAUGGUCGAGUCACGAGUCCUGGUCCAAGUGCUAAAGUCUGAGUCACCAAUGGUCGAGUCACGAGUCCUGGUCCAAGUCUGAGUCACCAAUGGUCGAGUCACGAGUCCUGGUCCAAAUGCUCAAGUCUGAGUCACUGGCUCCACUCAAAAUAAAGCCAUUUACCCUGUCAGAGGUAGUGUAGUGUCACGAUGAAUUUAUUCAAUAAAUUGUUUGCUAUUCCUUUUCCUUUCUAUCUAUGCCACCAAAAUGUUUGCAUAGGCUACUGGUAAUGUUACCAGGGCCACGUUCAGUUGCAAAACGUUGUUGAACGUUGCAGAUAGAAAAUCCAUGAAUAGUGCCAACGUUAUUCCUUAUUCAACAUGUCAGAUAGAAAUGUGCUAUGUAGAACAAACAUGCCUAUCAGAGCGUUCCGUCCUGCUGAACACGGCCCAGGUUGUUAGCUCUAACUAGCUAAUGAGGUAACAUGACUGAACAAAGUGUAGUCUAAAUAGAUGGUUACUUGUACUUGUCCUAGUUUUGAAACAGAUAUGCUUUAUGAAUGUUAAAUGCUCCCCGCCAAUGCAUGAUAGAAAGAAAAAACGUAGCGUCGGUAUUAUGGUUCAAACCUUUAGAGCGGUAAUCUCAAGACGUUUUCUUAAACCGUGUCUUUUUCCUGCAGUCUGAACAGGCAAAAACCACAAUGGAAUCUGAUAAUUCAAGCCACAUUUCAAACCACCUUCGUAGAUGGCUUGAAGUCAGAUACAAAUCUGAUUCCUGGUCAAGUGACUUGUGUCUGAACGGGAAAAUCAGAUUUAUUUGCCCUCAAGUGGUUUUGAAAGUUGGAUAAUAUUUUCCUUUGAGGCUAUAAAGUGUUCCUACACUAUGAUUUUGAACAUUCAAAGCAACUGGGAAACAUUCUACAUAACUUCUGAGUGAUGAGGAAUCAUGAACACCACCACAGAUCAGUUCUAAAAACUAUUGUUCAGUCCCACUUAGUAGUCAGACUUGAGAUCAUUUAGUCUCGUCUUGUUUUAGGCAACUGAAAUAUAUUUUUUUGUUUAGUUAUAGUUUUUUUCUGGUCUAUUUAGUCAGUUAUAGUCUAGUCAACUGCCACUGAAAAAGUAGGUGUUUUGACAAAUAUUUGAGUCCUUAUUUUUGUUGACUAAUGUAACUGUGAGGAACCCCCUCGGUGAAAGCACAGUGCACUCUGAAUACCCCUUUCCACAUUUCUGACUUUUCCUCAUAACCCCAUAAUAACAAUUUUCUGUGUAAAUACAGUCAGUAUCUAACUGAAAAUGGCAUACAGGUAACUGCCAAAAUAAAGGAAACACUUGUGUAAAUGAGGGAUACAAAGUAUAUUGAAAGUAGGUGCUUCCACACAGGUGUGGGUCUUGAGUUAAUUAAGCAAUUAACAUCCCAUCAUGCUUAGAGUCAUGUAUAAAAAUGCUGGGCAGUCCAUUAUUUUGGCUACCAUGGCUAUGCUCCCCCCAUAGGAUUACAAGGCCCUGGUCACAGGGCACAAGUGAUCACUGAAUGGUUUGAUGAGCAUGAAAACCAGAUCUCAACCCAAUUUAACACUUAUGGUAGAUUGUGGAGCGGUGCCUGAGACAGCGUUUUCCACGACCAACAAAACAACAGUGUUUUCCCUCCAAUAGAGUUCCAGACACUUGUAGAAUCUAUGCCAAUGUGCAUUGAAGCUGUUCUGGCUCGUGGAGGCACAACACCCUAUUAAGACUUUGUUAGUGUUUCCUUAAUUUUGGCAGUUACUUCUACAUUGAGUGACAUUCUAGUCCUUUACUCAGACCAAAAUAUAUAUUUCAAAUGUAGCCACUGCGACUAGACCAAAGCAACGUAACACGUUUGUUUGCAUUUGUCUUGUUUCUUUUCUUCCUUAGUGUGCAUAAGUAUACAAUUAUAUUUUAGUGUGUUUAGGUGUUCUGUUCCUUUAUUAAUCCAUGGUGUUUGUAGUCAUUCAUGUAUAUUUUCAUGCUGUAAAUUUAUUGUACAAAAGUACGUUUGUUUUUAAUUAAAGAUACAAAAUGUCA